AUAUUUAUCAAGGGUACCAGAUCCUGAAAAUCGGAAGGAUUGCGCAAUCCACUGUAAAACACAACAAGACUAAAGACAACAAGGGAAUGUAACAUUAGAAGUCCGAAGAAAAUUACCGCCUAUAUGAUGGAAAAUACCUUUUCCGCAGUCAAAUCCGCUUGUUCCAGUUCGCCAACAAGCCUGUCAGAAUGGCAACAUCUAAAUGAACUGUUAGUUCAACUAAAGGAUUGCAUGCUUAGUGAAUCAGAAAGAACUAAAGUUAUUGCUGAGAAUCUCUCAACACUGGUGGAUUUGAUUCAUCUAUGUAAUCAAGGUAUAGAAAAUCAAACAGAAGUUCAAUCUACUAAUAACUGUUUAACAGAAUGUUACAGAACACUCAGAAAUAUGUGUGUACAGUGUGAACAGAACCAACAUUUACUUAGCGACCAUCAACAUUUAUUUACAGCUUCAAAAAAUUCUAUACAGGCCUUGGUAAAGCAAUUGAAACACAGUAAAGAUUCAGACAUUAUUGUGACAUUGAGAUGUAUCGUACAAUUUUUAGGAAACUGUAGUGUUGGACAUGUAAAAAAUCAGUGUUUAAUCUGGAAAAUAUUUGUGGAGGAAUUCAACAAGCUGUUUGAUAUAUCAGAUGAGAAGCUGAGUAUGUAUACCUGCAUGGUUGCUCAUACUUGUAUAUCUGGUAACCUGGACAACCAGGAUAUGUGGACCAGUUCAAAUACAAUACAGAUGUUGACAAAUGUGAUCAACUUCAUAGUAGAGUGUGAUUGUGAAUGGGGUAUAUUUCUCAUAGAGAGUAUGUGCAAAGUUGACAGCAGUUUUUCCAAAGUGUUUCCAUUAUUAAAAGACACAGAGAAGUUAUUGGUAUAUGAAGUGAUGUUGGACCAUUUAGAUAAAACUGAAAACAAUCUAAACCCUUCAAAUAGUAAUAUACAGUUCAUUGCUGAAGAUGUGAAAUCUCAAUCAUAUUUAAUCCUGUCUCUGUUAGAGAAACAUCAAAAUCAGAAUCCUGUUGUCAUAGUGAAAGAAAUAGAAAUUCUUGGCAUCGCAACAUCACAUAACGAUGUAUAUCCAGACAUUAAUACAGACAAAGACUUGCUUUCCUGUGUUAUUUAUUUGCUGGAAGGUAUCCAUAAGAUAGGGCUACAAGGAGAUAAUUUGUUCAGCAGAGUUGAUAAAAUAAUGAAGUUGGGCAACAUUGAUCAAGAUCAUGCAGGCUAUUGUUUAAAGAGAGACUUGGUCAAACUGAUAGGAAACAUGGCUUAUGAAUGUAAACCAAAUCAAGAUCUUAUUCGAGAAAUGAAUGGUAUACCAUUAGUGUUAGACCAAACAAGCAUUGAUGGAAGGAAUCCAUAUAUUCAGCAGUGGUCAGUCCUAGCAAUUCAUAACAUUUGCAAAGACAACAAUGAAAAUAAAGGAAUUUUGGGAGGUCUUAAGUUUGAAGGUUUAGCGGAAGAAGCAGAUAUGUUAAAGAAAUAUGGAAUAAAAGCAGAAGUAAAAGAUAAUAAGAUAGUUGUCAAACCACCACCUGAAAAUGAGUAGAGAAAGAUACAAUUGCAACUGAAAAUUCAGCAACCGCUAAAAUGGAAUAAGGACUUAAUGUACAAUGUAGUGUUGUGCUGACAUAUUUUAUAAUAUAUUGUUGUGCUAUCAUAUUUUAUAAUAUAAAAGUUGUAUUUAAAGAAAAACAAAUGCUAAUUUUA